GAAUAAGGAGUCUUCACUCCAUGCGUCGAUUAGAGAAAAAAUGUCCCCAACUAUGGUACAAGCAUUCCGGAAAAUUAGAAUAAGCAGAGGUGGCGUUCGUAAGGGGAAAAACCUGAAACUUUUGAUUUUCCUAAGGAAAGUCGUCUGCUAUGUUGUUGUGGUGUCAUGUUGUCAUAAUAUUAUUUUUUAUAUAAUUAACUUAAGUUCACGAAGUUUCUGAUUAAAAGUAUUUAUAUUUUAAUAAAAAAUUAUAUUUGAAAAUAUAGUGUUUGAUUUUAAAGAAAAUAAUCGCAAUAAUGGAUAAGAAUAUUACCACAGUAAACGCAGAAUGCUAUAAUUUAAAUAAUGUGGAAGAGGAAAUAACUUUUUCGGAAAUAAAAAAUCAUUUGGACCACAUAAUACUUCCUUUUGAUAAGUGGGGUUUUACUAGAGGAAAUACUUCUUUUUUUGGACUUCAAAGAGUUGAAGAUAAUUAUGACAUAAGAAAAAGGGUUGCAGUUUUUAGUAAUAUGAAGGUUUUUCCCGUUACGAACGCCACCUCUGCCUAUUCUAAUUUUCCGGAAUGCUUGUACCAUAGUUGGGGACAUGUUUCUUUCAAAGUGGAGACUCCUUAUUCUUACUUCGUGACCCCAUCACGUCAGGAAGAAACAGAGAUAUUUUAA